UGUCUCAUCAUCUGUGGCAAAGUGGACCAAUUUCCUAUGUAUUACUUUUCUCUAUGGGACCAAUAGUGGAUGGACCACAAAGUGGACACUUUUCUCUAUGCACAGAUUCUUCUGCUUCUGGAGUGUUGUAUUGUGUUUUUAAACACGAAAAACAAGAAUUUCUUAACAAAAAUGUCUAGUAUAAACUAUACAACACGUACUGAAGGCCAAACUAAAAUAAAUACUAUAAUAUGGACUGUGCCAAACUUUAUAAAUCUAUUGGAAAAUAAAACGACGAGGGAGUUUCGUACAGAAAAAUCUAAAGAUGCAUCGUCUGAUUUAUUAGACGGUCGAUUCCAAUUGAAAAUGCUAUUUCUUGGGCGCGAUAAUGACAUCAUUGAGAUAUAUUAUUUGUCCCCUACGCCUGUGUUUUUAAAGUCUGUUCUCACCAUAUGCCUAAAGCGGUUUGAAGAACGUUCCAUUGUCAUAAAGGAGUACCACACUGUACAAGCUAAUAAGUGGCAGUUCCUAGCGACGCUAUUCAAGCGAGAUAUCGCCAGUUACGAUGGUCGCGAGAUAUUCCUACUGAGCGACGGCAGUUUGCGUCUAAAAUUCCAAUUUAUGGUGACUAAUGACAUAAAAGUGGACAGAUCCCACGUCCCAGAGGUUCAGUUAAGUAACGACUUCGAGAAUCUGCUCAAUAAUGGCUUGUUCUCUGACGUGAUUAUGAAAUCUGCUGAGAGCAUUGACUACAAAGUCCACAAGGCUGUGCUGGCGAGCAGAAGUGCUGUCCUAAAGGCUCAUUUUGAGCACAACACUACUGAGUGUUAUACUAAUAUAGUAGAAUCUCCUCUAGAGUCAGAAGUUCUCAGGGAAGUCUUGACAUUUAUUUACAGUGACAAGGCCCCUAGAGUGGAUGAAAUUCCAGAGAAACUGCUGGCUGCAGCUGAUUAUUACCAAUUGAGUCGUCUCAAGAGUCUUUGUGAAGAGGCUCUGCACAAGAAACUAACUGUGGAUAAUGCCAUUGAGACCCUGCAGUUAGCAGACUUGCACUCUGCUAAGACACUUAAAUUGCUAACGUUAGAAUUCAUUAAGGAUGGCCAAGCCAAAUUGAUCAUUAAAACUGAGGGCUGGGCCAAAGUCAAAUCUGUGGAAUUGAUUAAAAGGAUCUAUGAGUACAUUAUGGCAGAUGAUGUGGAUGCAGAUAUCAAGUGAUUGGGAAUUGAGUGUGAUACUCUACAAAAAGGGCUAUAUUUUACCGGGACACCAUGGCGGCGCAACCAGUCGCCGGUUACCAACAAAAUGUAUACGGCUCUAUAGAGAGUUACUCACCUGGUGUUCGUUUGGUUGCGCAAAGCUGUAUACACUUUGUUGGUAGCGGCGCAGAUACGUAGAUUUCAAUCAAUUAGGCGGCCAAAACCCUGUUUUCCGAAAACAAUCUAUUGAAAAAUCAACCAUGUACGCGGGUAGUACACACUUCCAGGAAUACCAAGGUACCUUUUUCAA